GCCGCGAGUCGCACGCCCCCUCACCUCUCCGUCGCUCGCUGUCUUGCCCGCGCCCAAAUCCUAGCCGGCGCGCCCACCUGCCGUCAGAUCGAUUCACGAGGGCUACGCCCCGACUGCAAUCCCGCCGCCGCAGUCCUUGCUGCGGCCCCUGACGUCUUCCUCCCCCACGAGCUGCGGUCUGCCGCCUCCGUCCACUGGCGCGAGGUCCGGGCCGUUGCCUCCGUCCACAGACGAGCACCGCGGACCCCGCUGCCAUCCACCUGUGUGGUCCCGAGGGUGCGGAGAGGGAGCUCCCGAACUCGUCGGCGACCCCGCAGUCCUCGAGCUCGCCCGCUGUCCACCCGCGGCCUUGCUCUUCCGGUCCUGCCGCCUCCCCACGGUUUUUUCAAUCGGUGCACUGAAGAUGCCGCAGGUUUUGGUGGUGGCGCGGAACUUCAUGGAUAUGGUGGCUGCGCUGCCUGCCUCCAAGCUUGACAUGCUCUAUGACUCUGCCUUCAUCUGUGAGGCUGUACUCAGGUCACUCCCGCCACUAGCGAAGAAGUAUGCACUGCAGAUGCUGUACGUGUUGGCACCGGUGGCCGCUGCAGCUAUGGAAGAGUGGGUGCUCGAUGAAUAUGCUUCCAAGCACAGGGUCGCCAUUGAUAAGCUGCUCCAACUCAGGGUCUUUGUCGAAGUGCGCGAUAGACGAAAGGAGGUGAGUUACAAGAUGAAUCAAAAGUUCCAGGGUAAUAUGCAGAAGUAUUUGGUUGACGGUGGAAGUUUACCAAGGGAACCGAUACCGUUAAGUGUCACUGGUAGAUUGCCUGCAUCAGCAGACCUGGAAGCCUAUGCUCUUGAUCAAUGGGAGUGCUUCUUGUUGCAAUUGAUCAAUUCAUCUCAAGUCGAAAAAGGAACAAGUUUCAGCUCCUCCAUGAUGAAGACAUUUCAGCGCGGCCUUCUGAGUUCAAGGGAUGGUGAAGCUCCAAAGUUGACUGAGAAUGGCUUCCAAUUUCUUCUUAUGGAAACAAAUGCACAACUUUGGUACAUAAUGAGAGAAUACAUUUCCUCUGCAGAGGAACGUGGAGUGGACCCUACGGAGCUGAUAUCAUUUCUCUUGGAACUUAGUUUUCAUAAAUUGGGAGCGGCUUAUAGUUUGAACACUCUGACUGAUGUUGAACGAAUUGCCAUCAGGGAUCUUGCCGAGUUGGGAUUAGUCAAACUGCAGCAGGGUCGAAAGGAUAGCUGGUUCAUUCCUACCCAAUUAGCUACAAAUCUCUCAGCAAGCUUGUCAGAUUCAUCGUCCAGCAAAGAGGGCUUUGUUGUUUUGGAGACAAACUUUAGAAUGUAUGCAUACUCUACCUCCAAAUUGCACUGUGAAAUUCUGCGCCUUUUUUCAAGGGUGGAGUAUCAACUUCCAAACCUCAUCGUGGGAGCUAUUACAAAAGAAAGUAUUUAUGGUGCUUUUGAGAAUGGAAUAACUGCUGAGCAGAUAAUUUCAUUUCUUAGGCAAAAUGCUCACCCUCGUGUUGUUGACAAGAUACCUGUUGUUCCGGAGAAUGUCACUGAUCAGAUUAGGCUGUGGGAAACUGACCGUAACAGGGUUGAGAUGAUUCCAUCACAUUUGUAUGAAGAUUUUCCUAGCAAGGAAUGGUUUGAACAAUGCUGUGAUCACGCAAGAGAUCAUGGAUACUUGCUGUGGGAGGACUCUAAGAGAAUGAGGCUGAUUGUACGAGGGGAGUUCCAUCCUGAAAUGAGGGAGUUCCUCCGCAGGCAAAGAUGAAAAAUGACCCUGUUUUUCCUCUUGGAUGGAACAAGCAAUUCGUGUGCAUAAAGCUCCUCUAUGCAAAUGCCCCACACAAGUCUACCAUUACCAACAUGGCGAUGGUUCAUGUGCCGUGCCUUGUCUCGUACGCAUGCCACAAGGCGUUUCUAAUCGAAGAUGAAAAAGAAGAUGCAAUCGCAUCUGCAGACGGCUGCAUACAUUGUAGACAUUUGAGAUUGGUUUAGAUUAGUGAAAAUUCCAUUUGUAGUAAUAUGAUUAACGCGGCACAGACACAGUUAGUGGGUAAAACCCAGGAGUGAUCUCUGUUUCCUUAUUUUAAAUCUGUGAUGAUGAGAUCCAGGUUUCAGGUUCAAGUAUCCUCAGCUGGUGGCUGUUGCUGUAAAUCCUCAAAUGACUUUCUAAAGGAUUGAUAUUGGUUGUCAUCAUUUACAAGAUGAAUAUUGACUCAGUAUCGGAUA